UUUCACACCUACACUACACCCUCUUCUAUAAACCAACCAACCCAAACCCCAACUCUCACUCUCCUAAUUAACACUCAAACUAACCCACUCUCUCUCCUUCACCCAAUGGACAAGCCCAUAACCGAUCCAUGGCGGCCGGACCUCCUCUUUUUCCGGCCACCGGAGACUCCCCGUGAACCCAUGGAGUUUCUUUCCCGUUCUUGGAGUGUAUCAGCUUUAGAAGUAUCCAAAGCAAUUACUCCGCCGCUACCGCCACAAACGCUUCUCUCUAAAACUAGUUCUGGCUGUGUUAUUCAAGAAGAUAUAGCUGCUGAACUUGAAGAGCUUAAUAUUCAUAAUAAUAGUAGUAAUAAUCAUAACGGUAAUAUUAUGAAUGCUGCUGUUUCUGGGAACCCGUUUUCUUUUGCUUCUUCGGAAACUUCUCAAAUGGUCAUGGAACGGAUCAUGUCACAGUCGCAAGAAGUAUCACCAAGAACUUCAGGGAGGCUUUCACAUAGCAGUGGACCUCUGAACGGUUCUUUAACAGACAGUCCGCCUGUUUCUCCAUCUGAGAUCGACGAUGUUAAGUAUUGCCGUCCGAAUAACGGAUUUAAUACCCAGUUCAGGACACCCUCUGCCACUCCAGGUGUUUCUGCCGGUUUCACGGCCGGCACAGGCGGCGGUGGUAAGACGGUUGGUAGGUGGUUGAAGGAUAGGAGGGAGAAGAAAAAGGAAGAAACUAGGGCUCAAAAUGCUCAGCUUCAUGCUGCCAUUUCGGUUGCUGGUGUAGCUGCAGCCGUGGCUGCUAUUGCUGCAGCAACCGCUGUUUCGUCGGGGAAUGGAAAAGAUGAACAAAUGGCAAAAACAGACAUGGCUGUAGCCUCUGCAGCCACAUUGGUCGCGGCUCAAUGUGUCGAGGCUGCAGAGGCUAUGGGAGCAGAGCGCGAGCAUUUAGCAUAUGUUGUCAGCUCUGCUGUAAACGUUCGCUCUCCCGGUGAUAUCAUGACAUUAACAGCCGCUGCAGCAACAGCUUUACGCGGGGCUGCAACAUUAAAGGCAAGGGCAUUGAAGGAAGUAUGGAACAUAGCAGCAGUUAUUCCGGUGGAGAAAGGAUUAGCUGCAGGUGGCGGAAAUCGUAGCAAUGGUAGUUCUAAUGGUAGUUUCAGUGGUGAACUUGUGCCUGAAGAAAAUUUCUUAGGCAUUUGCAGUAGGGAACUGCUAGCUAGAGGCUGCGAGCUUUUGAAACGCACUCGUAAAGGUGAUCUUCACUGGAAAAUAGUUUCUGUUUACAUUAACAAUAUGAAUAAGGUUAUGUUGAAGAUGAAGAGCAGACAUGUAGCUGGGACCAUAACAAAAAAGAAAAAGAAUGUGGUGUUGGAGGUGAUCAAAGAUAUUCCUGCCUGGCCGGGUCGCCACUUACUCGAAGGCGGCGAGUAUCGGAGAUAUUUCGGAUUGAGGACGGUAAUGCGAGGAGUUGUCGAGUUCGAGUGCCUUAACCAGAGAGACUAUGAUCUAUGGACACAAGGUAUCUCAAGGCUUCUGGCUACAGCAGAAGAAAAAUGCAAUAGGCGUAGAUUCUAACUUUCAAUAUAAAUUAGGGCAAAUGAUAUGGGGAAACUUGGGGUAUAAGUUAUAUAUAUAUAUAGGUAUAGAACCCUAGUGAACAUUAUGAAGUUGCUUAAAACUUUGUUUGGGCUGUAAUAUUUUUGGUGUUUGAUUUGAUGUAUUCUGUAAAGAAGGAUGAAGGAACAAUCAGAAGAUUAGUUCCAUAUGCUUUAUUCUAUCCGACAAAGUGUCAUUUCACCCUUCAA